AGUCUCCGGCCGUGUCUUCUCGCAGCCGCAACCCACCUGGGGCCAGCCCGCAGCUGCCGGCGCUGCUCGUCUCCCUCCCUCCUGUCCGGCUUCGCGGCCGCGGCAGCUUACGCCAGCCUUUUCCGGGGGCGGGGGCCCGGUUCGCGCGCUCCCCUCGCGCGGGCGCCCGCUUGGACAUCCCGGGGAUUGCUACUUCUCUGCCAACUUCGCCAACUCGCCGCACUUGGAGCGGCCCCGCUCCCCUCGCAGCGCCUUCGGGCCGCCCCCCUCCCCGCGCCCUCUCUCCGACCGCCGGCUCUCGGAUGACCGGGUUCCGAGGGAGCUGAGCGAGUCGCCCGCCCCGCCUGGCUUCAGCCCCCCGGCCGCAGCAGCAGCCGCUCGCGCGAGCCAUGCGUCCCCCGGCCCCCCUGGCCCGGCCCACCGCCCCGGAGCCGCUCUGCUGACCGCCCAGCCCCGACGCCCCGACGGUGGGAAGUUGCGGCCACUGCGGUGGCCAGCCCCGGCGGGGAGCGCAGCGCGGCUCCCCCCCCCAACUCUCCGCCCCCGCGCGCCCCGCAGCAGCCCGGCGCCCGCUCACUCUCCCUCCCCCACCGUCCCUCCCUUUUCUCCUCAAGUCCUGAAGUUGAGUUUGCGAGGCGACACGGCGGCGGCGGCCGCGCUGCUCCCGCUCCUCUGCCUCCCCAUGGAUAUGCACUGCAAAGCAGACCCCUUCUCCGCGAUGCACCCAGGGCACGGGGGUGUGAACCAGCUCGGGGGGGUGUUUGUGAACGGCCGGCCCCUACCAGACGUGGUGAGGCAGCGCAUCGUGGAGCUGGCCCACCAGGGUGUGAGGCCCUGUGACAUCUCCCGGCAGCUGCGGGUCAGCCACGGCUGUGUCAGCAAAAUCCUGGGCAGGUAUUACGAGACUGGCAGCAUCAAACCCGGCGUAAUUGGCGGCUCCAAGCCCAAAGUGGCAACGCCCAAAGUGGUGGACAAGAUCGCUGAAUACAAGCGGCAGAACCCCACCAUGUUCGCCUGGGAGAUCCGGGACCGGCUCCUCGCUGAGGGCAUCUGCGACAACGACACGGUACCCAGCGUCUCCUCCAUCAACAGGAUCAUCCGGACCAAAGUUCAGCAGCCUUUCCACCCAACACCAGACGGGGCUGGGACAGGAGUGACUGCCCCUGGCCACACCAUCGUUCCCAGCACGGCCUCCCCUCCCGUUUCCAGCGCCUCCAAUGACCCAGUGGGCUCCUACUCUAUCAAUGGGAUCCUGGGGAUUCCUCGCUCCAAUGGCGAGAAGAGGAAACGUGAUGAAGUCGAGGUAUACACUGAUCCUGCCCACAUUAGAGGAGGUGGAGGUUUGCAUCUGGUCUGGACUUUAAGAGAUGUAUCGGAGGGCUCAGUUCCCAAUGGAGACUCCCAGAGUGGCGUGGACAGUUUGCGGAAGCACUUGAGAGCUGACACCUUCACUCAGCAGCAGCUGGAGGCUUUGGAUCGGGUCUUUGAGCGUCCCUCCUAUCCUGACGUCUUCCAGGCCUCAGAGCACAUCAAGUCAGAACAGGGGAACGAGUACUCCCUCCCAGCUCUGACCCCUGGGCUUGAUGAAGUCAAGUCGAGUCUAUCUGCGUCCACCAACCCCGAGCUGGGCAGCAACGUGUCAGGCACGCAGACAUAUCCUGUGGUGACCGGUCGUGACAUGGCGAGCACCACUCUGCCUGGUUACCCCCCUCACGUGCCCCCCACUGGCCAGGGAAGCUACCCCACGUCCACCCUGGCAGGAAUGGUGCCUGGGAGCGAAUUCUCCGGCAAUCCCUACAGCCACCCCCAGUACACCGCCUACAAUGAGGCUUGGAGAUUCAGCAACCCCGCCUUACUAAGUUCCCCUUAUUAUUAUAGUGCCGCCCCCCGGGGCUCCGCCCCUGCCGCUGCUGCCGCUGCCUAUGACCGCCACUAGUUACCGCGGGGACCACAUCAAGCUGCAGGCCGACAGCUUCGGCCUCCACAUCGUCCCUGUCUGACUGCCUGCCCAGGAGGCAGGGAGGACCUACGCGACACGACGCCUCCCCGCCGCCGCCCCAGCCCCAUCCUGACCCCAAAGAUCCCCCCCUAGUCCCCAGCGCAGCCCUUCACGUCACCCGGGUGGAAGGCUGGACAGGACGGGUGGAGUCGCGGGUGGGACGCUCAGGCCCUGGGCCCGCAGCCCCCAUCCCCACCCGCCGCGCCUCCCCGCCUGUCUGGACUGCGUGGCGCCUGGAGGAGGGACCCCAGCCCAGCUCCACCA